CCGCAGGAGAGGCCGCCGCCACCACCACCGUCCGCAUCGCGAUCACCCACCACCACAUCACGCCGGAGAAGUAGUCGGCGGCGGCGGCGGCGAAGGCGAAGAUGGUGUGCAUACGGCAGGCGACGAUCGACGACCUGCUGGCGAUGCAGGCGUGCAACCUGAUGUGCCUGCCGGAGAACUACCAGAUGAAGUACUACCUCUACCACAUGCUGUCGUGGCCGCAGCUGCUGUUCGUGGCGGAGGAUUACGGCGGCCGGAUCGUCGGCUACGUGCUCGCGAAGAUGGAGGAGGACCCCUCGGAGCCUUGCCACGGCCACAUCACCUCCCUCGCCGUGCUCCGCUCCCACCGCAAGCUCGGCCUCGCCACCAAGCUCAUGUCCGCCGCGCAGGCUGCCAUGGACCAGGUGUUCGGCGCCGAGUACGUCUCCCUCCACGUCCGCCGCUCCAACCGCGCGGCCUUCAACCUCUACACCUCCACGCUCGGGUACCAGAUCCACGACGUCGAGGCCAAGUACUACGCCGACGGCGAGGACGCCUACGACAUGCGCAAGCCGCUGCGGCAGCCGCAGCCCAAGAAGCACCACCAUCACCACCACCAUCAUCACGGCCCCGGUGGUUGUUGCUCACACGAUGCUCCUCCCGCGGCAUCUGGGUCUUCUCCGCCGUCCUCUAAUUCGCCAGAGAAGACCGAUUCAUGAUGGAAGGAAAUGGAGAGGCUGAAGGAGUUGGUGAGCCCGUUGGACUUGCAUCUGGUGCACUCACUCUUUUGAUAAGAAGUCCAGCGAAAUCAUUUCCUAAGGAAACAAAAGAUAUGUACUGUGAUUAUGUGUGUUUGUAGGCAUCUUUGUUGGCCGAUGAUUCACCCAUGGGCCAGGGUCCACUGUAAUUCUGUUUGAUGGACGUACAAAUACUUUUGUUAGCUACUUGGCAUUUGCUGUCGUGCCUGUAAUAUCUCCCCAUACUUGCGGAAUUUUUUUUGGCACAUCUGGGCAUAUGUACUUGGCUACAUUCUGUAGCACGCAUAAAGUCAUUUUUGGUGUAUCUCCUUGACUCAAAA